CUCUCUCUCUCUCUCUCUCUCUCUCUCUCUCUCUCUCUCUCUCUCUCUCUCUCUCUCUCAGCGCAUCUCUGUAAUGGAGACCGUCGUGGACUCUCGCUUUUCCCCACGCAGGAAACGCGCGGGCUCACCGGACAAAUAAGGCACCGGAGAGGACAAACAAACGCUGAGGGUUUUCCGUUGCUGGCUGAGUGCACCUGACACAGCCUCACAGUCUUCUCUUCUACUUCAUCUCCUCCAUCAACACAUCUCCAAAAAGCAGAUGCCCCGCUCGGGAAGUUCACUAACGGAUACAUCCUCCAACACGGCUGCAACCGAUUUCUAGCUGAAAUGUGCUGGAGGAUGGUGCAUUGCUGUUCAGAGGACAUGCACAGGGGGUGAGUGGUUUCCUGCAGAAGAAAUUGAUUUGGUCUACAACACACAUGCAUGUGGAAGUUCUGCAGCCCUUCACCUGCACUGCUUGCAAUGAAUCACUUUAAAGGUCACCAGUCAUCUCUCCUUGGCAUGGGGGUCUUUUAAUGGGCCAGACCUCCACACCACUAUGAAAGGGUUGGGAGCUGCACGUAACAGACACCUGUCUGACUCCUGUGAACCCUCUUUGGGUCAUCCAGAGGCCCUCUACCCUCAGAAGACUGGCACCCUGCCACGUAGUCCUUACCUACUGAGCCCUACCAUGGAUCACUAUGGCACUAUGGACCCCCAACAAUACCCUUCAGCCAACCCAGGCUCCCUUUCACCAGACUGUAUGCUGCCCCUCAACAAUCAGCUGUCCAACAGCAGUACCUUUCCAAGGAUUCACUACAACUCCUAUGACCAGUCUGACUUCUCACCGCCUGGGGACAGCAUUGGGGGAAUAAGCACAGGUACCAUGGGCACAUCUAUGUCCUUGGGUAUGGGAACAGGUGUGAGUAGGGCAGGGCUGAGUGGACGAACACCUAUGAUUACAAGUGGCUCUGCAACAAUAUCACAUCAUUUGACUAAGAAUCCGGCACCAUCUAGUCUUUUGGAGCAGUUUGAUAAUCAGCUACCUGGUGGCCGUGAUGGAUUCAGCACAUUGCAGUUCCAUCGAGUGUCUGCACUAUCUGCCGCUAAGCAGCGCACAGAUAGUCCCGGUCGCAUCCGCUACAUGCUACACUCCGUGCAGAAGCUAUUUGCAAAAUCCCAAUCACUAGAGACGCACAAUAUGAAAGGAAACAUCAAUGGACGCUCUGCUGGAAGUGGUGGAGGCUCAUCUAGCACCGAAGACAGCGGAAAGCACAAUCGCCACUCCAAGAGUAAAGAUCGAGGUACAAAAUCAGAGGGGACUGGGAAGCGCCGGCCACGCUCCAACAUGUCAGGAUACUGGAGUUCAGAUGAUUUGGACAGCAGUGAUUUGAGCAGCUAUCACAACAGCAUGGCCAUGAUGACUCUGGGGCCUGGCCACGAAGGCCAAGGAGGGCAGAGCAGAUACAUCCACAGCGGUUACAAUACAAUCAGCUCCUCCAAAAGCAGCAAUGACAUGAAGUAUCAGGCAUUUCCUGGACCUGGGGUUGGAGGAAGCAGUGGUGGACUCGGAGUGGCCGGAAGUAUGCUUGUAAAUGAUGGUGACUAUAUGAAAGGAGGUUCCUGGUCCAAACUGACUAUGGGUGAACCGAGACAGGUGAUCCAGAAGGGUUCAGCAACUCUGGACAGGUCUUUGCUCAAGUCAAAAUCCUGCCAGCAAGAACUAACCUGCAACUACCUGCAGGUUGGACGAAGGGAUGACUGGAGCAGCACAUUAGGCUGCAGCGGGAGUGCCAAUGAAAUCCCAUGUCGGCGGAUGCGGAGUGGUAGUUAUGUAAAAGCCAUGGGAGACAUGGAAUUCAGUGAUGAUUCGGAUGGAAGCCCAAAACCUUCGCCAAAAACAGCAGCUCGUCGCCAGAGCUACCUCAGGGCUACACAGCAGUCUCUGAACGACCAGCUUCCCCCACGCAACAGAACCCUGGAUUACUCCAUGUUACAGGGGGAGCUGGAUGCCCUGUGGUCUCCGCUCCACAGUCUGCCCUCUCUCCACCAUCUGGGCAGGUCAAUGAGCAGUUGUCUUCCGUCUCUAAGAGAGCUUUCCAAUAACCACAGCCUGGAUAACUUGGACUGCAUCACAGACGUGGGCUCGUCUCUGCCUCCGUGGGACGAUGACGACUUCAGCCAGGCCUGCAGCACCUUGGGGAGACGCAUGGGACGGCUACAAGACCUGGAACUGAGCCAUCAUUAUGAGGGCCGCAGCUCAGAGUCCACAUUCAGAGAUUCACUCUCCCAUUCUCAGAACAACACAGAGCCUCCAGAUCUGCCCAUGCCAACAUGCUUCCGAUCCCGCAGUCAUAGCUACUUGAGAGCCAUCCAGGCUGGUUGUUCCCAAGAUGAAGACAUGGCAUCCAUUGACUCAACCUCGCCACCUCCAACUGACACUUCCGUUCGCUCUUACAGCACCAGCACGGUCUCCACAUGCAGAACCACCUGUAAGAAGGUUGCUCCUCCGCCAGUCCCACCCCGUACCACCUCCAAGCCCUACAUCUCUGUCACAGUGCAGAGCAGCACAGAGUCAUCCCAGGACAACUACUUAGACCAGCAGGACCGGAGGUCAGAGGUCUGUAGCCAAUCCAGCCACGCACACAGUAACUCCUCCGACAGUCUUGACAGUACACGUGCAAACAGUCUGGCUCGGGGUAUUCCACGUCCUCCACACAUUAUCCCUUUUCCCAUCGCCACACCCAGAGAGCCUCUCGCCCCCACCACUGCAAACGCUUCCACUGAGACAAGUGACUCUGUAGUACAACAUGAACUGCUGAAAUCAGGAUUACAUAAAGAAAAUUUGGCUGCAGAGGAGCCCGUAGUAGUGCCAGUCCCCCGGCGGAAACUGUCAUCCAUCGGAAUUCAGGUUGAUUCUAUUCAAGAAGUUCAGCGAGUGGAAACGCCACCACUGACCAGAUGUCAGUCCAUUGGAGUCCAGGUGGAAGACGGGUGGCAGCAAACUUGCUCCAGUCGUAUGGCCUCAAAACAAGAAACAGACUCUGGUCUGCAGGACCUUCCUGUUAUCUCCCAUAUCAGUAACAACACACCCAAGGAGAAGAAGGUCAUGGUCAAAAGCGCCAGCCAAUCCACAAGCUCCACUCCUGGACAAGACUCUUUAGACAACGGAGACAUGGCCGGUGAUGCAUCUUCACCUCCACUGCCCAGGCAGAUCCUCAAACGGUCCACCACACGAAGUAGCUCUUCUUCUUUCUCAGAAAGUUUGGAUCCAGCACUUGAUCCUUCAUCUCUGCCACCUCCAGACCCCUGGCUGGAUAGUGGGAAUGGCAGUAAUGGCGGCAUUUCACAGAGUGGAGGAGGUGGAUCGCUGUGUCGAAGAGAUGGCCACUGGUUCCUGAAGCUGCUGCAGGCUGAGACCGGACGAAUGGAAGGCUGGUGCCAACAGAUGGAGCAGGAGACCAAAGACAACAAGCUCUCAGAAGAGGUGUUGGGGAAGGUCCGCAGUGCAGUAGGAAGUGCCCAGCUCCUCAUGUCACAGAAGUUCCAGCAGUUUCAGGGAUUAUGCGAACAGAAUUUGAAUGUGACUACCAAUCCGCGACCCACAGCUCAGGACUUGGCUGGCUUCUGGGACCUGCUGCAGCUCUCCAUUGAGGACAUCAGCCUCAAGUUUGAUGAGCUUUACCAUCUCAAGGCCAAUGACUGGCAGCCCGUGCCGUCCGCGGCUGCACAGUCACCCCCUGACCGGAAGGACGAGGGAAAGGCGGCUCCUCCAGUGUCAAAGAAGACCGGUAAAGGGCGGCCGGCACUGGGUCGGGAGAAGAGUGCUGACUCCUCAUCAACUUCUUCUUCGGCCUCAGCAGAGAAGCAGAGACAGGAGGCUCGCAAACGCCUGCUGGCUGCUAAAAAGGCUGCUUCGUUUCGCCAGAACUCAGCCACAGAGAGUGCAGACAGCAUUGAGCUCUUUGUCCCUGAGGACCAGACACGCCUAUGAGAGACAGGGACUAGGGUUGAACCAAAGGACAGAUAAGUGGUAUUAAAACAUCUGGAAAG